CUCAGUAUUUCAAAACUAGCAUUUCCAUUUUGGACAUGAAGCACUAUUUGAUUCAAGGAAAUAUUCUGCUGACAUUCACAACUUUUAUUUUUAUUCAGAAAUUAACAGAAAUGUUGUUUCGAAGGAGAGCAAUAGAAAUAAAUGGAAUAACUGUUUAAAAUGUUUUAAACUAAAAACAAACUACUUCUAUAUUCUAUAAAAAUUAACCGACUGCGUUACUUUUUCACGAAAUCCGGCUGGGGAGUGCUGCCAAUUGCUUUUAUUUAAACUUCAUCACUUUGACAGUUUUAGAAAAUCAUUAAUCUACUAAAUAAGAGUUUAAAGGUACACGGUAAAAGGUUUCUGAUUAUUAGUUAUUGUAAUUAUUAAAUAUAUAGAUUUAUGCAGAUUCGUAUUAAAAAACGACUCUUAGCACUAAAUUCCUCGUGGAGUAGAGAACAUCAUUUACGGUGACAAAUAUUGUGUCCACCAUCUAACUUACAGUACCUGAUUGCUUUGAUGUGCAUAUGAAAGUAAAACCUCUACACACGCAUAUAUAUUUAUAAUUUACUAUCACUUGGUGAAUAUAAAUCUACGGAACACAUUUAAUCUAAUAUUGCACGCUUCACACAACAAAUGGAGUCCAAAGAUGAUUUUACCCGGCGUUAUCGCCAUGCGGGAGAUCUAACGGAUGAGCCACCGAUUCGUGAGUUUGCAGAGAUUACUAUUCCUGUACCUUGGGGUCAUUUAUCCGGUAAAUGGUUUGGCCCCCAAAACUGCCAACCCGUACUAGGCCUGCAUGGUUGGCAAGAUAAUGCUGGCACAUUUGACUUACUUAUGCCUCUUUUGUCACCAGAGGUGCCGUUCCUUUCGAUUGAUCUACCCGGUCAUGGACUCUCAUCUCGACUGCCAAAUGGUUGCUACUACAAUUUGGUUGACAAUUUAUACGUAAUAUUAAUUGUAAUGAAGCAAUAUAAUUGGCAAAAAGUCUCCUUAGUCGGUCAUUCUAUGGGCUCUAUCAUUGCAUUUGUAUUCGCCGCUGUUUUUCCGGAUAAAGUGGACAUGGUUAUCGGUAUUGAUGCACUAAAACCACAUCAACGUCCACCCGCCAGUGCUAUACGCACAGUGGAAACGCGUAUGCGUGAGUUUGUAAAGGAGGAUGAACGUAAUCGAUCUCAGGAAGAGCCACCAAGCUAUUCCUUUGACGAACUCAUUGAACGCAUUUUUAUUGGCACAUUCCAUUCCAUUAAUAAAGACCGUUGUAAACAUAUGUUGGCACGCAACAUACAAAAAUCGGAAAAAUAUCCCGAGAAGUAUUUCUUUAGUCGAGAUCGUCGCCUGAAGUUUUACAAUUAUUUGGUUGGAUCACAGGAACUUUGUGUAGAAAUGGCUAAACGUAUACAGUGUCCCUAUUUAUUCAUUAAAGCGCGUCAUUCAAGUUAUUUCGAGGAUAAGAAGUAUUAUGAUGAAGUAUUAGCAAUUUUGCAAAUGAAAUCGAGUUUUGAAUAUUCGGAGGUGGAUGGAUCCCAUCAUGUGCACAUAAACCAUCCUGAACGCAUUAGUGAGCAAGUAAAUGAUUUUAUAAAUCGUUAUGGCCCGCUGGCAAAGCAAAAAGCCACAACUCCGAGCAAACUAUAAAUAUGAAAGUUUUAAAUCUGAAAUGUGUUAUAUAUUUUUUGUACAAGUAUAUGUAUGUAUAUGUGAUUAGUCGUAAAAGAUUUGUGAUAAUUAUUGGGACUUAAGUUUUAUCACAAACAUCAAAAUCAAGAAGCUUUACAUUAUGUCAUGUUCAGUCAAAACCAAACUCGACUAUAAGCUAAUAAAUAUAAAAUCUGUCUUUUCAGACUUUAAUAUUUAGUUUAUUUUACUUUGUACAUACAUACAUAUGAGCAAGAAAAAAGGUAAAGUUUCUUUAUGUAAAUAGUCCAAGACUAAUAAUUGUGCUGAAGUGUUGUAAUUUGUAUUAUUUGUUAAAGCUGUAUUGUAAUCAAAAUCCGCCAAAAAAGCAGACAUAUCUAUGUAGAUAUUUUGUCACUGAAAUAAAGACCUUUUUCUCGUCUAAGCAUGUAAUUUGUAUGAUAAUAAAAUAACAUUAAUGUAGUUUGAAAA